AUGUCCGACGCCUACGACUUUCGCCCCGGCGGCUCCCUCAAGCUCAAGGGCGCGGACGGCGCUGGCAAAAAGAAGAAAUCAAAAUCGAAGAGCAAGUCGAGCGCGAAAGACGAGCUCCUCCAACCCCCACCCAAAUCCUCCUCCCCCGUACCGACAUCCUCAGGCCGUGAAUCUCCCGCUGCAGGCUCAUCGAAAACCGCGGACAAGAAGACGGAGGCCGAGAGGCGCUUCGAGGCGACCCAGCGCAAGCGGUUGGCUGAGAAGAUCAAGCGAGAGGCUGGAAAGACGCACAAGGACCGAGUGCAUGAGUUCAACGCGAAGCUCGAGUCCCUCUCCGAGCACCACGAUAUUCCCAAGGUCGGACCAGGCUAA